UAUAUAAUAUAAUUCAGGAUUAGUUAUGCAAUCAAAUUAAAACAAAAAAAACUUAGAAGAGAAACAAUCUCAUCGCUCAGUGACUGAUUCAGAUGACCAGUGUCUCCGUCGCCGUCGUAGCUCCUCCGCAUCGUUGCCCAUUCUCUAGUCAUCUGAAUCUGAACAAGCUUUCUCUUCAAGUAGUAAUCUUUCUCUCUCUUCUAUCUAUCUCACUCUCUCAGUGUGUCUCUCCAUAGGUUUCAUCUUCCCAACCGUUUCGUUUUUUUUUGCUCUUCGGUUGUGAUUUUGAAGAUUCCUAGAACCGGCUGGCGGAGGAAACAGCUAGGGUUUGCUUUAGCUUCUACUGCGGCUUCAGAAUCGCCAUCGGAAGCUACAUAUGAUCCGGAGCUCCGUUUAGUUUUCGAGCUCGCUACCGAUUCCGAGUUAUAUGAGCUUGAGAAAAUCCUUUUUGGUCCCAGCUACUUCAGCCCUUUGCUGAAAUCAAUCCCAAACAAAGGAGGAGGUGACCGGCUUAUGAUAGGCCAAGACAUUGAAGUGCGAGAUGGUUUUAUCGAAGCUCUUGAAUCGAGAUUCUUGUUUCUAGCUGCAGAUGCUCGUUCAACACUCAGGGGUUGGAGGCCUUCAUACAGAAACGUUUUACUUGCGGUGAGAAAUAAUUUGAAUAUUCCCUGCUCCAGCCAAUUGCCAACCGAAGACCUAGAAGCAGAGAUUUUUCUUUAUCUUGUCGACAAUUUCUCGAGUGAAGCAUCAGGGGUUUUUCCAGGCAUGUGGGAAAAUUCUGAAGUCUCAGAGGCAGAGGGAAGCUUAGAACUCGGGCUCAGUAAAUGGAAAGUUGAACUACUUGCCGCACUACAAGUGGGUGCUACAGAGGUCCAAUCUAUGAUUCUGAAGGGUGGUGGCAUGAUCACAUUCGCCAAAGUUUAUCAGUUGUUGGCUAAGAAACUAUCUGGAAAAGUAUUCCUUGAAGCUGCCAACUACCAGAUUAGGAAAGAGAUGCUAAAAAAGGGUGGGCAGUUUGCUGCCAUUAACUUGGAAUCUCGAGCAGCUCUGUUAGCAGCGAAGCAUGGAUUUGCAGGGGCUGCAUCCAGAUACAUUGGCUUAAAAACAGCGAUGCAAUUACUUGGCCCCAUGAUGUGGGGGACAUUACUGGCUGACUUAGUGAUUCAGAUGCUCGAGACUGACUACGCUAGAAUCCUAAGAGCAAUUUACGCAUUUGCACAGAUUCGGAUCACCAGGACAUACAGGCUACCUUGUAAAUGAAGUAACAGUUUGUUUUCUCAAUCUCAGUGUCCCUACGAACUAUGUCGGUAAACAAUGUUUUUCACACUCGUAUAAUUCGCUUGUGGUUGAAAUCAAAUUAGACGUUACUCGAGUAGAUAGAGAGUGGUCCAGAGAAUUGAGCGUUUUGCGAAACAAUAUUUUGGAGCCAUGGAAACAUGUUUUACAGAUUUUAAAAAAAUCUGAUUCCUUAGUGGUAACGAGCGGAUAAGCGACGUGUGGGGUUCACUGUGACACGUGUGGGGUUCGCGAAACAAGGUAAAGAUAUUAGUCCUCUGAGUGCUUACCACGUGUGUGGUCCGCGAAUCCUCGAAAGCAACGGCUCUUGUUUCUUUCACGACGAUAAGCCGCCGCGUUUCUUCACGUGCCUUUUUGUCGGAAUUUCAGACUAUUCUAGACAACAACUCAACAAGUCAUUAUAAAACUAAUUAUGCUAUAGUCGCGAAAAUAAUGCGUUACUAGGUGAAUUAUUACUAGAUUAGUAGUACACUUUUAUUUCUUAUUGUGAAGACUUAUUUAGAUUUUAUCGAGUUGUCCUAUAUAGCCGACUUGGUAUAAAUGAUCCUCGAUUAUGUCUUAAAAUCUCUAUUAGUGUGGAGUGAACAUACAUGGUGUAUCAGUAUAUGGGGUUACCAAAAUCCGGAGUGAUCAAGUCAUUUUUGUUUUUGUGGUUAUUAUUUCAAAACAUGUGGUUAAUUUAUUU